GUUUCGGAGCUCGUUUCGAGCUUUCGAUCAACUGAUCGAUCUUAUACACAGUGCAUCUCCUCUCGAACCUUCGGUGCAAGGCUAGUCUUCAAGAUGUCAGCCAAUGGUGAAAAUAAUGAGCUAGUAGUUAGUGAAGAAACACCGCCUAACAACAAACGUCGGAGGAAGAAGUCCAUAGUAUGGGAACACUUUACCAUUGAACCUGUGGGACCUGGAUGUACAAGGGCUUGCUGUAAGCAGUGCAAACAGACAUUUGCAUACAGUACUGGGUCAAAACUGGCAGGUACCAGCCACCUCAAACGGCACAUAGCCAUGGGGACCUGUCCAGUAACCCGCCGUAACCAGGACAAGAAUCAACUGACCCCAUAUUCCCCAGGGACCAAAACUGGGAGUGCUACUGAUCCUCCCCCAAAAAGACGUAGAGCAAGUCCUGGUUCACCAUUUUUCCCAUUCGAUCACGACCGCUGCCGCCAGGAGAUUGCUAAGAUGAUCAUCAUGCAUGAAUACCCACUUGACAUGGUAGAACAUCCAGGAUUUGUAGCUUUCGUGCAUAAUCUUCAACCUCGGUUCAAUAUGGUAAGUUUCAGCACAGUCCAAGGGGAUAGUGUGGCCAUUUAUUUAAGGGAGAAGCAAAGCCUUCAAAAGGUUCUGGGAGGAAUGCCUGGACGGAUCAGCCUUGCUUUAGACAUGUGGACAUCAAGUCAAAAUCUUGGCUAUGUUCUGGUAAGGGGACAGUAUAUUGACACAGACUGGACAUUGCGUAGGCUGAUACUUAAUGUUGUUAUGGUACCAAAUCCCGACUCUGGCAAUGCCUUAACUCAAGCUGUAGUGUCAUUCCUUUCUGAUUGGAGUUUGGAGAGCAAGUUGUUUACCGUAACUGUUGAUCAGCGCUUCUCGAAUGAUGAAGCAACUGGAGAUCUGAGAGGUUUUUUCUGUGUCAAGAAUCCACUUAUGCUCAAUGGCCAGCUAUUAAUUGGGCAUUGCUAUGCCCAUGUUUUAAGCAGCCUUGCACAAGAUGCACUAGCAACAGUGCGGGAAACUGUUAACAAAGUCCGUUCAAGUGUCAAGUUUGUGACGACAUCAGAGACUCACGAAGAGAAGUUUAUUGAGCUCAAACAGCAGCUUCAGGUCCCUAGCAGCAAGACCCUAUUUCUUGAUGACCAAACAAAAUGGAACACAACGUAUCUCAUGCUGGUGGCUGCCUUAGAGUUGAAGGAAGUGUUUUCUUGCUUGGACACGUCGGAUCCAGAAUACAAGGAAGCCCCCUCGAUGGAUGUCUGGAAACAGGUUGAGACUCUGUGCACAUAUUUGAAGCUUCUAUACGAUGCAGCUAGCAUCUUAACAGCUACAACAUAUGCAACUGGCAAUAUGUUCUUUCAUGAGGCGUGGAAAAUCCAUUUAGAGCUGACACAUGCAGCUGUGAGCCAGGAUCCCUUUAUCAGCAACCUUGCCAGGCCAAUGCAAGAGAAGUUUGAUAAAUAUUGGAAAGACUGCUGCCUGGCCUUGGCUGUUGCUGUAGUUAUGGAUCCACGGUUCAAGAUGAAGCUUGUGGAAUUCAGCUUCUCAAAGAUCUAUGGGGAUGAUGCCAGCACAUACAUCAAGAUUAUAGACGAGGGCAUUCAUGAACUUUUCCUUGAAUAUGUAGCCCAACCACUUCCACUUACACCAACUUAUGUGGAGCAUGGGAUUUCCAGCAGCCCUCCCAAGGGGGAGACAUCUCCUGGAGGAACACUUCUUGCCACUGGUGAUGGACUUCUGGAUUUUGAUGUCUAUAUCUCUGAGAUAUCUGCAAGCCAACAGUCAAAGUCAGAGCUGGAUCAGUACCUGGAAGAGUCCCUGGUGCCUCGGAUACAAGAGUUUGAUAUAUUGGGUUGGUGGAAACUGAACAACCUCAAGUACCCUACACUCUCGAGGAUGGCUCGUGAUAUUUUAUCGAUCCCUGUGUUCACGGUUGGUGAUGAUGAUGUAUUCGAUGUUGACCAGAAGGUGCUUGACUCCUACCGGGCUUCCCUGCGACCAGAGACACUGGAGGCACUUAUUUGUGCCAAGGAUUGGCUUCAGUCUGGAUCCACAGAGAUGACAAAAGCAAUUGUGAAAAUGGAAUUUUAGUGCUUGUAGUUUUCUUAUUUAUUUUGCUCUCGUAGUUCUACUGUAACUUAGAAGGUGGUUUGUGGCGCUGUGUUCACAUCUUUCAGACUUGUAGAUUCAUAGUGUAGUUGUCAUAUAACUUCAUGUGUUUG